GGCUGCGGGACAGCCCGGGCCCGAAUCAGUACCGGGACUCUCCUCUGGGGGGCGCUCGCUAAAACCCACGUGACUCGAGGCUGCCCGCAGAAACCCAGACAGACCCGCACCCUCAAAAGACCCCAAGAAAACCCCUUAACAGCACCCCAAUACCUCGCCUAAUGGCUCACCCUGAUGUUCCCAACCUACACUACUUGUCUGACUUUUUUUUUUAAGUUGCAUGUUUUUUUUAACUUCUUGUUGUUGUUGUUGUUGUUGCUGCAGCUGUUCUGUGUUUCUGUUUUUGUUGAUUCCUUGUAAUGCCUUUGUAUCGGAGCCUAAGUGCAAAUAAGCAUUUCACUGCGCUGGGGCAGGUGACAACUAAACUGAACGGAACUCGCGCAAACCCGCUGCCUCCUGCUCAGUUUCUCCUGGACUCCCGCAAGUCGGACCCGAAACACCUGUAUGUCGGGGAUCCCUCCCCCCUCCUCCCCGCCCUACAGGACACAGAGAGCCAUCUCCGGCGUAGCUCCUCCUCUGCACGCAGGAGGAAGCGAGGAGGGAGGGCCGUUUGCCGCAGUCAGCCCGGGAGCGGAGAGGAGUUGGAGCCGGUGGUGUUAUACAUGCGCCCUGGCCAGGACCGCGCCGAGAUGUCGCCCCCGCCUCAGCAGGAGGAAAUGUCGGAGCCCCCGGUGGCCGCCGUCGGCCUGCUGUCUUAUGAGACCCUCGUACACGCCGUCGCUGGGGCUGUGGGCAGCGCGACGGCCAUGAGCGUGUUCUUCCCGCUGGACACGGCCAGGAUCCGGCUGCAAGUGGACGAGCACCGGAAGUCCAGGUCCACUCCCGUCAUCCUGGCCGAGAUCGCGAAGGAGGAGGGGGUCCCGGCUCUGUAUCGCGGCUGGUUUCCCGUGAUCUCCAGCCUCUGCUGCUCCAACUUCGUGUAUUUCUACACCUUCAACACCCUGAAGGCCCUGUGGGCGCUGGAGAGGGGCCGGUCCCGGCCGGGCAGAGACCUGCUCAUGGGCUUCAUCUCGGGGGCCGUCAAUGUCCUCCUGACUACCCCCAUGUGGGUCGUCAACACCAGGCUGAAGCUGCAGGGAGCCAGGUUCAGGAACGAGGAGCUUCAGCAGACUCACUAUAAGGGCAUUUUCGAUGCCUUCUCCCAGAUCGCAGCCCGGGAGGGGCUGGGGGCCCUGUGGAACGGCACGCUGCCCUCCCUCCUCCUGGUCUUCAACCCCGCGGUGCAGUUCAUGUUCUACGAAGCGAUGAAGAGGAGGGCCGGCCGCGGCCGCAGGAAGGUGAGAGGGCCCCUCGCCCGCCCCUGUCAGCUGCAGGCCCUGCCACUCGAUCCCGAGCCCCAGGCCCGACGGGGAAAGAGCGGGAGCUUUGAUCCACUUGGGAACGCAGCUGGUAUGAAGACGAGGGUGAGGACCAGCCACGGUCCCUGGGAGCCUAGCAGCUGCUGCCUACUGCACCACCCAGCUAACGCCACUCCAACGAUGCGCCAUCAUCAGCGGCACACCACAGCUCUGGGCCAGCGUGACCCUGAACUGGCCUUCAUUGAAAUUGAUGAUGAUGAUGAUGGUGAUGAUGAGUCGAUCCGGGGUGUUCCUCCCGCCUUGCCUUACCUUCCUCUUCCUCCUCUUCCUCGUCGCCUCUCCAGCAAGCAGGGGGUUGCCGGCCUGUACAAAGGGCUGGAGGCCAAGCUGCUGCAGACCGUGCUGACGGCCGCCCUCAUGUUUGUGGUCUACGAGAAGAUCACCGCCGUCACCUUCAAGGUCAUGGGGCUGUCCCGGAAGGUCAGGCGCUGACCCGCGGGCCGGGCCCAGCCCGCCCGCUGCAGCACCGACAGGAGAACCUGCCCCGACGCCUUCCCACAGUCCCCCCCUGAUCGAUCCUCAUCUGCCUCCUGCUGUUACUGAAGCCCUGAGAGACCCUGCGGGGGCCGAGACCUCCUGUGUCUGCGCUCUGAGCUCUGCGAGAACACGGAGAACUGGCAGAAUACGGAUCCUAAACUGUGAAAAGGAAAGAGACUCGUGCCGGGAGUUUGCAGUGAUUUGCUGCAUCUUUCUCAGGCACGGGAAGAGCAGAAAGGAAGGGGUUAGCACAGGCCUGACACGUUGAAGCCUCACACACUGUAACAAGAGUCCUGCUGCACCAAGUCUCUUUAUCUCAAGACAAGUCCUUGAAGAAAAGCCCUCCUGUCCACAAGAUUGGCGGCUGUGUUUCUAAACCUGGUUACUGCAAAGACAAAACACGACGUGCUUAUGUGGCUGUUUAUUCUGCGUCAGCGGGGCUCAGCAUCAGUCUGAGGAAAACCAGCUUGGUUAGAGAGCUCCUGUUACGAGUUUGUUAUAAUCAGACUGACCCCCAGACACACAGGCUGUGGAGACUUGGCAGUGAUGCUGUUGCUACUGUGGGUUACAAAUCUGUAAUUGUAUUACAGAGUGAACCGUUGUCACUCCUGAGUUAAGCCUGAGCAGUUAACUGUCGAUAACAUAUUAACUGGCCUUAGAUUUCCAGCGGUGAUUUUAGAAUGGAGGAGGGCAUUCUGUAAAAGGAAAGCAGUUUGAACUCCCAUGUACAGAAUGUGUAGUUAAAAACAGAAGUUGGCUUUGGUAGAAAAUCUUAUUUUUUGUGGUCUGAUUCUCUUUUUUAUUUCUGGUACGAUGGUAAAAACUGAUAAGAUGGGUUCACACAGUGGAAGAGAGCUCUCGUGCAUGCGUUUGCGUCUUGCAAAAAUGUGGUCUAGUACUGAGGAGUUAGGAGGGGUGUGGUCUGAGACACAGCUAGCAGCAGGCGAUCUCGGGCAGAAGAACGCGCAGGUUACAGUAUAAACCAGAGGAGGCCAUUCACUCCAUCUAGUUCAGUUGACCGUUAGUAGUGUAUUGAUUUGAGAACCUCACCCAGCUGUUUCUGAAGGAAACAAGGCUUCAUUUGAAGUGCCAGUACUGUCCUGCCUUAAGUGCACUGUAGCAGAAUGCUUUAUAUUUUUAAAGAACAGAUGGAUGGGGAUCUGUGAAUUGAGUGACACAGAAACGGUACUGAACUCUGGUGGGCCAAGGGAAGUCAAUAAUUUCAGACACUACCGUCAUUAAGUGCCACUGUGUCUAGUUUUUGUUUUCCCCGCAGUGAAGAAAACAAGAUCGUUUUCCAAUGCGGACUCUGCGUUGUAAGGGGGUUAUCACUGUACGUGCUGUUGCUUAUUUCGCUUAAAAUUUAAUUUCGCCCGUUAGCCGUGGAACAGGACGACAGACACUCGUGCAUCCUCCACUCUGGCCAGCAGAGAGAGCUCCGGUUCCUUAAAUAAAACUGCGCUUGGCGUGGAAGCGUUGUUAGGUUACUGAGCCAGGCUGUAUUGUCUUGCUUGGAAUUUUUGUAUAGUUUUACAGAUUUGCAUUAAAUAUGCUGUACUACUGAAUUGUUAACACAAUAAUUUGUGUGAGACGUUGUCCUUCCUGAUCAAAUCUAGUGAAGUGUUGAUAAGUAAUAUUGCAGGUCAGUAUGAUUUGCGAUUCUGAGGCAGGCUUACUGCUGUGACCACAUUUGCAGUGCCUUGUGAGUUGUCAUUAAAAAACCCUAUACAGCUCUAGCUGUACUCCAA